GUGCAUGACACAUUGACACAUGACGAAAUAUGAUUGGCUACAGAAACGAUUUUUAUCUCACAAACAAGAUACACUCUGAUGAGAUAGUGGGAAAGAGCAAUGUCGAUUUCUUCGUUGGGGUUUGCAAACUCAAGGCCGACUUCUUCUUCUUCUUCUUCUUCAUUUAGGAAAUUAGUAAGCUCCCGCAUCUUCGGGCUCCCUACGUCUUCUUUGUUAUGGGCAAAGAACAAACCUCACCACACAAACACAGCGCUCAAGCAAAUCCAAAAGCAAAAGCUCUGCGUUAGAAAUUCAGCUCAAGAGAUUCCACAGCAACUAGAGGAAGAUUCCAAGUUUGUACCUUUGGAUCCUCAAGAUCCUCUAUUCGGCCCUCCAGUCUUGCUGUUGCUUGGCUUUCAAUUUCAUGAAACACAUAAGAUACAAGAGCUUCUUAAGGAGCUCGAUGGCGAAUUCAUGAAGAUAGUGUUGUGUACAGAAGAUAUGAUCCCGCGUUCGUUAUGGGAAGCAGUUAACACAAGACAGACUGACCUGAAGAGAGUGAAAAUUGCGGAGUCGCUGCCUCGGAUAUGCUUCUUAUCUGGUUUGACAGGAGAGGAGAUGAUGAUGUUCAUUGAAGCAUUCCCAGAAACUGGGCUAGAACCAGCUGUGUUUGCAGCUAUGGUUCCGAACAGUGCUGAUAAACCCAUCUCGGAAUUGAUGGAAGAAAUCAUGGGAGAUCAUGAGAUGUUGACCGGGAGCGGUUCCAGCUGAAACUUUCGAUUGAGAGAACAAUAGGUCAGCUUUGGAAUUUCUCAGAUUUCUGCAACAUGACUCUAUGAGAUGGGCAUUACACCAUGUUGAUAUGCACAAGAGUGUAAUCUUCGAAUCAAGAGAUAAAAUGUAUUGAUGCACAAGAAUGUAAGCAUCGAAGUAAUAGCUGAAAAUGAAUUGAUGCACAAGAAUGUAACCAUCGAAAUAAGAACUGGCACAAGUUUCCUGGUC